AUGAGCACCAAGGAUCCUAAAUAUUCAAAAGAUUUAAAUAAAAUUAAAUUAAAGCCCAAAAAUGAAAUUGAAAAUACUAUUGAAUAUCUCAUUAAAGAUGCCAUCUCUACUACCCAAUAUCUAAAUCUCAUCCAAUAUUUUAAUACUGCUACUUCAACUCAAAAUAAAAUAACUAAGAAAAUCAUUGUUCCUGAUACACCACUACCAAAUGCUGCAGCACAGAAAAAAGUAAAAGAACUUAUUAUUAAAACAACUGAGAAAAUUGCCAAAUAUCAAGAGGAAUAUAAUUUGACAACUGAUCCAGGGCCCAAAUAG